UCUGUAAACCCGUCUUUGUCCCUGCAACUGAAGGAGAGAGAGAGAAAGGGAGAGCGGCGAGAUGGGGAAGGAAACGGUGGCUGGCGCUUACAGGGCGCUGCUGAAGGCGGCGAAGAAGACGUUUGCGGGGGAUGAGUGGAUGCUGCAGAAUUCGGUGAAGGAGAUUCGGAGCAAGUUCGAGGAGAACCGGCAAGCCACAGGUGAUGACCACAUCAGGAAACUCAUCGCCGACGCCUACGAGGCAUCCCACUUCGUCGCCAACAUGAUCGUUCAGGCCCAGCUCAACCCGUCCGGUGGAUACGAGGUGAAACCUGCUAAAGAGCAUGCUGGAGCAACGUUCGAGAUUCCCACCGAGGAAAGCCUACCGAAAGCUGGUUAAGGAACAGAAAAGAAUCACGAGUCAACACAGUUCAGUUCUUAUCUCUAAUGUCGUAGACUUUUUAACGUUUUGCUUCAUAAUCAUUUUGAUUUUGCAUGCCAGAAAAAGCUUCUCAUGGCUCUGCUGUCAGCUGUACCAUGACGUCCACAUGUAACUGCCAGUGGAUGUUUGUAUUUUCUCUUUCAGUGACCAACAACCUGUACAUUUCACCUCCAGUUUUGCCAUUCUAAAGUCUUGCAAGGAAGCAUUUCAUACAUAAGGAGGAAACCAUUUCCCCUGUUGCAUAAGACAGGAUCA